AAUAUAGCAUUUCUUCUCCGAUAACAAAAUUUUCAGAAAAUCAAGAAAUUAAAUAAUUUUUUUUUCUUUCACAAUUUUCAAUUUUCUCCUUCUCUUUCUUUUUCUGAGGGAAAAAAAUGGUGACGGCGAUUUUCCGAUCGCAGGAUUGCCUUCGAGGUAGGUUCCGCAACGAAGCUCUAACCCUAACCCUCUCCCCCCGCUCCGGAUCACGACGGAGCCCCAAUUUCUCUAACCCUAACCCUAAUUCCACCCCCAACCAUGGCUCCACCGCCAAUAUUCAUCAAUCUCGCCGCCGGAAGAGGAGUCCGAUGGCGGUUCAGUCCAAUCAGCACGACCGACCUCGCGAUCGGUACGCUGAUCACUCCGUUGUUGCGAAGGCGCCGGUUAAAAACCUUGUGACGGGACAGGUCAAGAUCCUGAGGCGCGGUGAGGUUUUGAACCCGGAGAAGAGCAACCGAGGGCUAAGAGUGGUUGCUAGCGACGAUUGCAAGCAGAAGGCGAAUAAGGAAAACGAUCCGGAUUUGGUUUUGGGAUCCACGGACCGUUUGGGACCCGACCCGGAGACCGUGCAGAAGCAGAUUAAGGCUGCGGAGUUCAAGGUCAUGGACGCGAUUUAUGCUGGAUCGAGCGUUUUCUACGCGUCUCCGCCUCCGAGCUCGGUGCCGCUGCCUGCUUUUUUGGGAAGGAACGGCACCGCAACGAGCGAUCUCCGCCGGCUGCUGCGGCUCGAUUUGGUGUGAGCGAUGGUGAUUUAGCAAGGCUGCCUGCUUGAAUCGUUUGAUCGAAAAGUUAAAUGAAUCCGAAAUUCCGAAAAUCGUUGAAGGUUGUUCUAUUAGUUGGUAAUGAUUGUUCGCUUUGCUUCCUUUAUUUUUUCAAGAGGAAAGUUGAUUUGAGUGCGAGCAAAUGAUGAUAAGAUUAGGGCAAAUAUCUUGCUAGGGUUUGUGCAAAUUAAAGGAAGAAGAUUAGUAGGAAAGUUUGUGUGUUUGGUGCCUUGUAUAGUUUACUUAGUGUGCAAGAAAUGUUUACGAGGUUGGAUGAAAAGAGAAGUAUAUAGAGAGAAAUAUUAUAUGAUGCAGUAGUAAUCAUCAAAGAAUAAAAUGUUGUGCUUAAUCUCUUGCCAA